CAGGCAGGGUAACAAAUAGCGGGCAUCAAAGAAGUUACUGGGAAGAGAGAGCGCCCUUAAAGUCAUUCAGUUGGCUACUCCGUAGGGAAGGGUGGAGAAGAGCCGUGACUGACGAAAUUCCUGUAGCCAAAUUGCCAACGGAAUAAAAUUAGCCAGAUUGGCUACCCCAGGACGGGCAGACUCGCCGCGGAGCGAGAAACCCAGGCUGAAGCAGGUUGAGCCGUGCGCCAAGUUCAGGUGCAAAAGCGCGCAGGCCAGCUGGUAGACUCGGGAUUUCUCGGUUACCACCUUGACAGCGUCUACUGAAGUCAAAUGCUAGGUUAAGGUGACCCUUAAGGGAGGCUUGAGGAAAUGGUGGUAAGACCUAAAAAGGCAUGACACGUCCAGUUCGCCAAGUUUUUCAGAAGAGAAGAGCGGGAAAGCGCCACGACUCCCCGUUACGCCGAUGAAUACGCGAGUCUCCCAGCCCCACCCCUGCAGCCGUGAUGCAAAGAGGACAAAUCAUGAACGUAGGAAAAGGGGCCAAAAAAAAAAAAAAAAAAAAAAAAAGAAAGAAAACCCCAGAGGGAGAGGGGAGGGAGGUGGUGAGAGGAGUCAGCGGGCAGUCUCCAACCACUAGGGCGAGAAGGAGCGCGGUCUGGGGAAACAAACUCCGCAUAAAUAAUUUGAGUUCGGAGUCCAGUGCUUUCAGAGACUCGGAGUGCACCUCCCCAGCUUCGCCCGAAUCGAGAAAAGGCAGAGCAGGGAAAGGGGCCAGAGACGCGACCGAGAUCAGCCGAGGUGACAGGUGGGACGUUGCGCCGGGAAACACCCGCGGGAGGAAGAGCAGAGCCGGGCUCGCCGGGAGCGCGGGAAGAAGGGAGCGGAGGCGGGAAGGGAGCGGGCCUCGGAGGAAGCCCAGGAAGCGCUGCAUGGACAGCAUGCGUUUCUCCGGGAGCCCCGGCGCGGGGCCCGCUGGCAACUCCAGCCUGUGGUGGCCUCUGGCCGCCAGCGAUGCCAACGCCAGCCGGGAAACGGAGGCGCUCGGAAAAGACGGCGAUCCGCAGAGGGACGAGCGCAACGAGGAGGUGGCCAAGCUGGAGAUCGCUGUGCUAGCCGUGAUUUUCGUGGUGGCCGUGCUGGGUAACAGCAGUGUAUUGCUGGCGCUGCACCGCACGCCCUCCAAAAAGUCCCGCAUGCACCUCUUCAUCCGCCACCUCAGCCUAGCAGACCUGGCCGUCGCUUUCUUCCAGGUGCUGCCUCAGCUGUGCUGGGACAUCACCUACCGUUUCCGUGGACCCGACGGGCUGUGCCGCGUGGUGAAGCACCUGCAGGUGUUCGCCAUGUUCGCCUCGGCUUACAUGCUCGUGGUCAUGACCGCCGACCGCUACAUCGCUGUGUGCCACCCGCUGAAGACGCUGCAGCAGCCCGCGCGCCGCUCGCGCCUCAUGAUCGCCGCCGCCUGGGUGCUGAGCUUCGUGCUGAGCACGCCGCAGUACUUCGUCUUCUCCGUGGUCGAGGUGAACAACGUCACCAAGGCCUACGACUGCUGGGCCAACUUCAUCCAGCCCUGGGGGCUCCCCGCCUACGUGACCUGGAUGACCGGCGGCAUCUUUGUGGCGCCCGUGGUCAUCCUUGGUACUUGCUACGGCUUCAUCUGCUACCACAUCUGGCGCAACGUCCGCGGAAAGACAGCAGCGCGCCAGGAGAAGGGUAACCGCGCCAAGGGCGCGGGUGGCACCUUCCACAAGGGGCUCCUGCUCGAGCCGUGUGUCAGCAGUGUGAAGAUCAUUUCCCGCGCCAAGAUCCGCACGGUGAAGAUGACCUUCGUCAUCGUGACGGCUUACAUCGUUUGCUGGGCGCCCUUUUUCAUCAUCCAGAUGUGGUCUGUCUGGGAUAAGAAUUUGCUCUGGGUCGAGUCCGAAAACCCAGCCACCACCAUCACUGCAUUGCUGGCCUCCUUGAAUAGUUGCUGCAAUCCCUGGAUAUACAUGUUUUUUAGUGGCCAUCUCCUGCAAGACUGUGUCCAGAGCUUCCCAUGCUGCCAAAACAUGAAGCAAACGUUCAACAAAGGAGAUUCUGACAGUAUGAGCCGAAGACAGACUUCUUUCACUAACAACAGAAGCCCGACAAACAGUAUGGGCACAUGGAAAGACUCGCCUAAAUCUUCCAAGUCCAUCAAAUUCAUUCCUGUUUCAACCUGACUCUUGUUAAUGGACUUUUUGACCCGUUGGCUGAAUCCAGCGAGAAACUAUUAGAACAAAUGAACUUACAUGAGAUAAGCAUAAAUCAAUUUCUUGGGUACAAGAUUGUGUUUCUAGUUGCAUUUUCAACAUUGCUACAACACAGAGCUAUGAAUUGUUUUAUUUGGAAUGUUAAUUUAAAAAAAAACAUCCUACACUAAAAUUUGCAGGCCUAGUUCCCAGAAAUAACAGAAGUUGUAUUUCUGAAGGAAAAAUCAUAACCACCCUGGCUGUAUAUUUUGCUGUAGGUUUCUUUUCUUUUUAUUUCUGACAUAACUAAGGCUUGAUUGAUUCAGAAGUCAUACAGUGUAGGGGCAUUAUUGCUGAAAAAAAAUGAGCUCGUUAUCAGCCUUAGUGUUUGAAAGGAAUCAGAAGAGAUUUCGGAGAAAUUGUUUCCAGCCAAUAAAGUCAAUUUAUGUAUCAGAAAAUGUAGCCUCAAACUGUGGCCGGGGGAUGGGCAUGGUGCCUUGGAGAGGCAUGCGUACUUGAGGCAUACUGAGCAGGGGGUGCCCUUUCCAGAGGGGAAAGAGGCAAGUUCUGUUAGAAGAUAUAAAUCACCUAAAUUUAAAAUCAGUAACGUUAGAACUGGCAGUUCCUUCUUUUGGUUCCUCAUAUUUUGUUGGUUGUAAACAGCAGGAUUACCAAGAUGCUGAAGGUUAGAGACAAAACUGGCCAAUAAUAUCUUUUUUUUUUGUCCUGUAGCAAGGUCGCUUUAAAGCCAUAUUUGUAUGAGGAAUGCUCAGUUUUAUUAGAAGGGUAGAUUGCCCAAGGUACUAUGUAGACUUUCUCGAGAAGACUGUAAACAUGUUUUGAUCAGUGUUACGUUAUAUCCUUACGUAACACGUGCUAUGCUGGAUAUUAACACCAUCAGUGCUUCACAUUUGGGGGGUCCAGAUUCAUAGAUAAUGUAAGAGUCUCCUGAAGAAUGACUCAGGAUAUUGAGUGUCCCCUCCUCAUGUUUAAGUAAUAACUUGGUCUUCCCUUCCGAUCUCCUACCCAUCUAACAGUUUCAUAGUAGAGGAGAAGCAGGGUUGGGGGCAGGAUGAGGUGGGGAGAUAAAAAGACAGCAAUUCUGCCUUUAGUCUGGCUUCCUUCAUGAUUAAAUGUAUGACUUUAGGCAGAUGACUUAAAAAUGCAUAAAGCCUCCAUGUCCUUGGCUGUACAAUGGAGCUGACAACAUUUACCUCACAGGGAUGUUGUGAGAACUAAACGGAAUCACUUGUGUGAAAAGAUCUUCAUAAACUGUCAAGUGCUAUAUGAAUGUUGAUAUUCUUCGGUCGGGGUGGGGGUUGGGGGACAGGGGUCUUCAAAAUUGCCCAGCUUUUUCCUGUUUACUUUUCAUCGACCAGAAUUUCUUGGUUUCAUGUCUGGGAUAUAAAAAUCCUAAAAUGUAAAUAUAGCUCUGCUGAUUCAUUGGAAAGCAUUGCCAGUGGCCAACUAAAGUCUAAGUCCUGUCUAAUCAAAGUUUUCCAAUUUAAAGAGAGAACCUGCUUUCCUUUGAAAGCAGGUAAAUCAAAGCCAGCCAAGAGCAUCAAUUUCUUUCAUUUCUAAACAGUAAUGAAUUACAACACUACUUGGCUGUUGUUACUGCAUUUUUUUAGCUAUUUUGUCUGGCUCCUUCACCUUCUUGGAGACCAUGCAAUGACUUGAGAAUACAUCAUAAAUAUUUUGCAUCCCUUAGAGGAAGUAAUAGUUCUUUUAAUAGAAUUUUUCUUUUUUUAACUUUGUAGAUAAGAAACUGAGGACUGAAUGGCACUGUGAGAACUUGGAACCAUCAACCUCACUCCUCUUCAUUCUCCUAUCUUUCCAAAUUCUCAGGCCUUUUACUCCCUAGAUUGAUAAGCCUAAAAACAUGUUUGCAGAUGUCUUACAGAGACUGAGCACUCAGGUUUUAGAAUUCUGCUUUUUAAAAGUAACAAAGGGCACUGUCCAUUAUGAGCCAUCAAUAAAGUUAAUCAAUUCUUCAUUACUUGAGUCAAAGCAGCAUCUCUGUAUCCUUGCCCUCUGUUAACGUUGCCAGCCCUUUUCACAACUUCUCUCUGACCACUCAAAGCAAAAGUUUUUUGGGUUGGAACAAAGAUGAGUCCACUUUUUUUGUAAAUCCAAUUCCAAACCUCAUGGUUCUUGUAUAGAUUGUUUCAAAGUGCUGACGUGUAUCACCAAGUAAAUAAAUUCAGUUUGAAUCAUUUCUAGGAACAUCUUUCAAAUAAGGUACAUAUUAACCUACCCAGCUGCUUUUUCUCUUUUUAAAUACAACAGGAGAUGAGAUAGCAGCAAAGGGGCUAGAGAGACACCAGAAGAUCUGAGUCUAGUUCUGCACUAGGCAAAUAUAUGGUCUUGUUCUCUGUGGUUUCAUCUGGGAAGCUUAACUUACCUAGCUGCUAAACAUUCUUAAUGUUAUAUACCCAGAAAUGUCAUUCUAUGUCCCAAAACAAUAUUCCAAAUUGGAAAAGUCCUGCUUGUCUAUGCUGGGAAGGGAUUUUUCUUUCUUGAGCAAAGAGAAGACCAGAGACAUUAUAACAAACAAAGGCUUGCAAACAAGGAUAAAUGUGUUGCCUCACCUUAUUUUAUUUUGCAGAGUUACCUGUGGGAAAAUGCUCCAGGUACACAAUAUUAAUGUAUCUAUGUGAGUAUAUGGAAUGUAAUUAAUAAAAAAAUCCACUGGUAAGAAGAAACUGAUGGUACAUCUAUUGAGCAUUUGAUAAAUAUAAAUUGAUGAUGAUAAAACAUUUUAAAGUACAUACUAAAUGCAUAAUGGGUUAAUUUUUGGACAUGUAUCUUUAAAGUAUAAAAAUAUCUUUGAAGGAAAUUAGUGAUAUUCUUUG